AUGUGCGUGAAGAGGGGACAUUGUUUUCCAUCCAGACUCAAUGUCACCUUCACUUGCUGUCCGUGUGUGUGGCUGCCUCUGUUUCUUCUGCUUCAGAGAGUCAGGAGCAUUCAAGGAGGUCCUGAAGCCCACAAGCAUUUUUGUUGGCCAAACUCUGAGUCUUUGACUCCGGCCCGUUGUUGUGCCAAUCCGCCUGGUGACCCAAGUGACCCAAAUUGCUGGUACGAUGGCCUCACAUUUGAUCUUUGCUGCACAAGGUGGCUGCAGCCUCGCAUGCCUUCUUUUCCCGUAGAUAUUGACAAGAUGAAAACCAAUCUUGACAUUUGCAUGAGACAGCCUGCUUUGAUGAAGCCAGAAGGUCCUUGCAGCAAAUCGGCCUAUUUUGCAGGUGAGGGUGCCCCGAUUGGCAGACUUCUGUUCUGCGCUGUACAGGUUGGACGUGUCGAACGAGUUCUUGACGUCUUUCUGGGAUCUGGAUGCAGUGGCGCCACAGCUCUUGCUGCAAUGACUGAAAGGGAUGCUGGAGCAACUGAGGGUUUGGGGGACAGCUAUGUUUCGUCCGAGUCCUCUGACUCGUUCGAAGUUGGAUUUGGACUUGACUCGGUUCUUGAGUCGACUAUGUCGACGAAGUCGACGGAGUUGUCUGUUCUGGUUGGCUUUGAGGAUUUGGAUUUCGCUCGAGCGCGUGCGGCUCGGAGGGCUCUGAAAGCCUGGCAGCCUCGUCGUGUGAAGGCCUCAACAACCACGUUGUACGCUGUGGCCUCGCGGCUUCGUCAGGACCUUCAGGGCCUUCAGGGCCGGCAGAAAGCGUGGAUUUUGUCUGCCCAAUUCCGGUCCAAUGCAACGGGAUGUCAAAAAUGCACCACGGUAUGGACUGUUGACUGCCCGGAGAAGUGCACCUAUCAAUAUGGUGCAAUUGAAGCUGUUUGUGAAGGGUUGAAAGGGAUUGACUUGGUCUUCUGGGAUUCAGAUGGUUCUGCUGCUGAUGGUUGGCUCCUGGAAUGGCUAUCAAUCGAACGUGCUUGUGCUCCUCGCUUCGUGCUUUUGUUGAACCUGUCUUUGCCCAAUCACGGAGCUUGGAUUCGAGAGCGACUACGAGCUUCAGGAUAUCAAGAAGUCUGGUGGGAUGCCAAGAUUCUGCAUCCAGGCAAGUCAUGGAUUGUGCUGGUCAUUGUCUAG